AUGUCGGAACGAACUAGGUCGACACCUCUGAUGAGGAUGCUACGCUCAGGGGAGGUGAGCGGAGAAGCACCUAGAGAUCUCAAUCUCAAAGAGCGGUUCAGCAGAUGGAUGGUCAACGAAGGAUCCCGACGUCUCUUCGUCGGCAUCUUUAUCCUCGUGCAUUGCAUGUUAUACGGAUUUGGCUUUAUGAACUACACAAUGAAGGACAACCUCACUCAAGCCCGCGCGACCUAUGGUUAUGGCUAUCCUAUUGCUCGAUCUGCCGCCCUCGUUCUUCACUUUGAUGUCGGCUGUAUCCUCCUGCCUGUCUGUCGCACCCUCAUUUCUCUCGCUCGACAAACACCCCUAAACGGAAUUAUUCCCUUCGAUAAGAACAUCACAUUUCACAAACUCGUGGGCUAUUCGAUUGUUUUCUUUACGUGGGUUCACACUAUCGCUCAUCUGCAUAACGUUGCUCAAUACUCGGCCAAGAACAACGGAGGCUUCAUAGGCUUCAUAAAGCUCAACUUCCUGACCGGCCCUGGCUGGACCGGCUAUAUUUUAACAAUUGCUGUCAUGGUUAUGUUUUUCACCGCGCUUGACAAGCCCCGGCGCGCAAACUAUGAGCGCUUCUGGAACACCCACCACCUCUUUGUCAUUUUCUUUAUCUUCUGGUCUAUCCACGGCGCCUUCUGCAUGAUCCCUGCAGAUACGAAACCCUUCUGUUUUGGUAACGGCGCUUUUUGGGAGUACUGGAUGAUUGGUGGCUUUUCCUAUCUUGGGGAGCGUAUCCUACGCGAAAUCCGUGGCUAUCACAAGACUUACAUAACCAAGGUUAUUCAGCACCCCUCAAAUGUCGUCGAAAUCCAGAUGAAAAAGGACCAUACUAGGACCCGUGCAGGCCAGUAUAUUUUUAUCUGCUGUCCCGCAUAUUCGAUCUGGCAAUAUCACCCUUUUACACUUACCUCCGCGCCCGAGGAGGACUAUAUUUCGGUACACAUCCGGAUGGUAGGCAACUUCACCAAAGGCCUCGGUAAGCUUCUCGGAUGUGAAGACUCUAAAGCCCUUACAGCCGAGAAGGCCGACGAAAAGCUUCCUCAACUUCUCCCGCGGUUAUACAUUGAUGGGCCCUUCGGUUCUGCCUCGGAAGAUGUCUUCAAGUUCGAGACAGUGCUACUCAUUGGUGCGGGUAUCGGAGUGACACCCUUCGCCUCGAUUCUGAAGUCGAUCUGGUACCGCAUGAGUGACUCCCCCACGACCAGGAUGACGCGACUGCGCAAGGUAUACUUCUUCUGGAUCUGCCGGGACUUUGGCUCAUUGGAGUGGUUCAAGUCUUUGCUCAUGGCUAUCGAGAGCCAGGAUAAGAGCCACGCUAUUGAGAUUCAUGCGUACUUGACAGCGAAGAUCUCCGCGGCCGAGGCUUCCAACAUCUCCCUUAAUUCCGGGGAAAGAGAUGCUAUUACAGGCCUCCAAACGGCCACGAACUUUGGCCGUCCAAACUGGGAUAUGGUGUUUCGUGCGAUCCGCAAGAUCCAUUGGCCUGGCGAGUGCGGUGUAUUCUUCUGUGGGCCAAAGGGGUUGGGUAGUGAGUUGCAUAUAAAGUGUAAUAUGUACACGGAGGCCGGCGAUAAAGGGUAUAGUUUUGUUUGGGGGAAGGAGAAUUUCUAA